AUGGCUUCCAACAAGGACAACUGUCCCUCCUCCUCACCCCUUUCCUCCUCCGGCGCCUCUGGUACGAGCGGUACCAAGCGCAAACGACCAACCGAUGGUGCCUCUUUCUCCUCUUUUUCUUCCGGGUCAGCAUCAAAGAAGACCAAAGUCAAUUCCUCUUCCGAUGUCCCCGUCCCCGCCCCUACCGCCUCGCCAUGUCCAUACACGGACACGUUCUUCCUGGGCAUGGCAACAGCCAUUCGACAGACCUUCCCUCUUGCCGACUUCGCCCGCCACUAUCGAUGCAGCACGGACGACGUGGCCGACGCCCUUUUCGCCGUGGUGAUGCAGCCCCUCUGUCAGCCUCCGUCAGAGGACCUGUCAGUUGCCGACGCCUGCCAGAUCCAAAUUGCGGACUGGCGUGAGCUGAAGGCGCAGGUUCCAGGGACCUGCAUCCCACCGCAGGAGCCACAAGUCGCCUGCUCGGUAGAUGAGGACCUCCAAUCUGGGUCUUCCGGUUCGAAUCUUGCGGUCACGGCCCCUUCGCUUCCUUCGUCUUCUCGGGCAGUCACGCCAGAAGGAUCCCCCUCGCCUGUCGCUGCGUGUGGGGCCGGCUCACAGUCCCUUCCAGAGCCGGUGCGAUGUGACCGUAUCCCCGUCCAACGUCGCCGCUGGGUGAAUGGCCGGUCGGUCUUGACAGGGUGUCCUGGCGGGUCUGACGACGAGUCUUCCGGUCUUGCGGGCCAGCUCGGCGUCAUGACAGACGCGGAAUUUGAGCAGCUCGUCGCUAAUGGGCAGCUCAAGGCGCUCUUGAAGGACGACGAGGAAGAAGAAGCCGACCAAGUGGGCUGUGCCAACCCCGGCUUGGUUCGUCGCCGUCCCCCAGGAGGGAAGUGGAUUUUCCCGUCUCGGUGGAGGGACAAGGAGUACUCGCGACCUGUCAAACAGGUCUCUGAUUCCGGGGAUUGA